AUGAUAGGUGAAAGACAUCUGAUGCCAAUAUCUGCGAUGAGAAAGGGACCAGAUUCCUGUGCUACUGACUCUUUUUUUUUUGAGCUGUGCCAGUUGAUUGCCCAUCGGACAGCUUCAUAUAAAGAGAGUCUUUUCAACUGUUUCAAGCGUUUAUCUAGCUUCCAGCUCUGUCUUGUAUUGUUCUAUUCAGUACUUUUCUUUAGUGCCCAAAUAUACGAGCUCACGCAGUGUGAAUCGACGAUGUCAAGUAAUAAGCCGGCUGUAGAUCCAUUCCAUUCCUUCCUAGCAGGAUCAAUCGCAGGUGCUAUAGAAGCCUCCAUCACUUAUCCUUUCGAGUUUGCCAAAACGAGGUUACAGUUGGUGGAUAAGGCUAGUAAAGCUUCCAGAAAUCCAUUGGUUCUAAUAUACAAUACGGGUAAGAACUACGGUAUUUCAUCCAUUUACGUCGGUUGUCCAGCUUUCAUCGUUGGUAACACAGCAAAGGCCGGUAUUAGAUUUCUUGGGUUCGACACAAUCAAGAACUUGCUUCGAGACAAGAAGACCGGUGAGUUGAGUGGAUUUAGAGGUGUUGUUGCCGGGUUAGGUGCAGGUUUGUUGGAAUCGGUCGUGGCUGUGACUCCAUUCGAAGCCAUCAAGACUGCAUUGAUCGAUGAUAAGCAAGCUGCUGUGCCAAAAUAUCAAAAUAACGGGAAAGGUAUGGUGAGCAAUUAUGCUAAGCUUUUAUCCGAUCAAGGAUUUUCUGGUCUUUAUAGAGGUGUCUUACCAGUUUCCAUGAGACAAGCUGCAAAUCAAGCCGUUAGAUUGGGUUGUUAUAACAAGAUCAAGACUUUGGUGCAAGAUUACACAAACGUACCUAAGGAUAAACCUUUGAGUUCAGGUUUGACCUUCAUUGUAGGUGCCUUCAGUGGUAUCGUUACCGUUUAUACGACAAUGCCUAUCGAUACCGUUAAGACAAGAAUGCAAUCUUUGAAUGCAGGCCAAUAUUCUUCUACUAUUAACUGUUUCGCUACCAUUUUCAAGGAGGAAGGUUUGAAGACUUUCUGGAAAGGUGCUACUCCAAGAUUGGGUAGAUUGAUCCUUUCUGGUGGUAUUGUCUUCACCAUCUAUGAGAAGGUAUUGACGGUUUUGGCAUAA